AACCUCACUCCCUCUCUCUCUCUCUCUAGAAAAGGUCCUUGGACGGAGGACAAGUUUUUAGGGUUCUUGCUCUUCUGUUCUUCAUAUCACUUAGGACUUGGUGAUGGAUUCACAUGAAAACGAUGGCAAUGGAGUAGCUGCUGAGGCUCUGCCACCUCCUCCGCCUGUUCCUGAAAAUGUGGUCCCGAUCAAAGCAGACACUGAACAAGCUCUUGAACCCAUCAAGAAAAAGGUGUUGCGUGUGCCAAUGGCUAGACGUGGGUUGGCCACCAAGGGCCAGAAAAUCCAGCUCUUGACCAACCACUUCAAAGUCAACGUGUCUAACGUUGAUGGGCACUUCUUUCACUACAGCGUUGCCCUUUUUUAUGAAGAUGGCCGACCAGUGGAUGGAAAAGGGGUAGGAAGGAAAGUGCUUGAUAGAGUUCAUGAAACAUAUGAUAGUGAGUUGGCUGGAAAAGAGUUUGCUUAUGAUGGAGAAAAGAGCUUGUUCACUGUUGGUGCACUUCCGAGAAACAAACUUGAGUUCACUGUUGUGUUGGAGGAUGUUACUUCAAGCAGAAACAAUGGAAAUACCAGCCCUGGAAGUCCCGGUGAAAAGGACAGGAAGAGGAUGCGGCGCCAGUAUCAAUCAAAAACGUUUAAAGUUGAGCUGAGUUUUGCAGCCAAGAUUCCUAUGCAAGCAAUUGCACAAGCUUUACGCGGUCAGGAGUCAGAGAACUCUCAAGAGGCGUUAAGGGUUCUUGACAUUAUCCUCAGGCAACAUGCUGCCAAGCAGGGCUGUCUGCUUGUUCGUCAAUCCUUCUUCCACAAUGAUGUGAAGAACUUUGCUGAUGUUGGUGGUGGCGUUCUUGGUUGUCGUGGAUUCCAUUCAAGUUUUCGUACAUCUCAGGGGGGUCUAUCCCUAAAUAUUGACGUAUCUACCACCAUGAUCAUCCAGCCUGGGCCAGUGGUGGAUUUUCUAAUUAACAACCAAAACGUGAAAGAUCCUUAUUCUAUUGACUGGGCAAAGGCUAAGCGGACCCUAAAGAACCUUAGGGUGAAGACCAGUCCGACUAAUACUGAAUACAAGAUUACUGGACUGAGUGAGAAGCGUUGCAGUGAACAGAUGUUUUCGUUGAAACAGAAAAGCAAAGAUGAGAAUGGGGAGGCUGAACUAUUGGAAGUCACAGUUUAUGAUUAUUUUGUGAACUACCGCAAGAUUGAAUUGCGCUAUUCUGGUGAUCUACCUUGCAUCAAUGUUGGGAGGCCGAAACGGCCAACAUACUUUCCCCUUGAGCUCUGUUCAUUGGUCUCGUUACAACGGUAUACAAAGGCACUCUCCACACUGCAACGAUCCUCUCUGGUUGAGAAAUCACGACAGAAGCCUCAAGAGCGAAUGCGGGUUUUGAGUGAUGCAUUGAAACUCAACAACUAUGAUGCUGAGCCGUUGUUGCGCUCCUGUGGCAUAUCGAUAAAUAGUAGCUUUACACAGGUCGAAGGUCGUGUUCUGCCAGCCCCAAGGUUGAAAGUGGGCAAUGGAGAAGACUUCUUCCCCCGAAAUGGACGGUGGAAUUUUAACAACAAGAAACUUGUGGAUCCCACCAAGAUCGAAAAGUGGGCUGUCGUUAACUUCUCAGCUCGUUGUGACAUUCGCAACCUUGUUAAGGAUCUGAUCAAAUGUGGGGGGCUGAAAGGAAUUCGAAUUGAUGAGCCUUUUGAUUGUUUCGAAGAAAGUCCUCAGAACAGGCGGGCCCCGCCUCUAGUUAGGGUGGAGAAAAUGUUUGAAAACAUACAGUCGAAACUUCCUGGUGCCCCACAGUUCCUUCUUUGCUUGCUACCCGAGAGAAAGAACUCUGACCUUUAUGGUCCGUGGAAGCGCAAGUGUCUUGCAGAAUACGGGAUUGUCACCCAGUGUAUUGCUCCCACACGAGUCAAUGAUCAGUAUUUAACGAAUGUACUUCUUAAGAUCAAUGCCAAGCUUGGAGGGUUGAAUUCUAUGUUGGCAGUUGAGCAUACACCAUCUAUUCCCAUCGUAUCUAAAGCUCCCACAAUCAUUCUUGGAAUGGAUGUCUCGCAUGGUUCUCCGGGUCAAUCUGAUAUCCCUUCUAUUGCUGCGGUGGUUAGUUCAAGGCAUUGGCCUUUGAUCUCUCGCUAUAGAGCUUCGGUGCGUACUCAAUCUCCCAAAGUAGAGAUGAUCGACUCUCUAUUUAAGAAAGUUUCAGAUACAGAAGAUGACGGCAUCAUGAGAGAAUUACUUCUCGAUUUCUAUGUGAGCUCAGCAAAACGAAAGCCGGAUCAAAUAAUCAUCUUCAGGGAUGGUGUCAGCGAGUCCCAGUUUAAUCAAGUUUUGAACAUCGAGCUGGACCAGAUUAUUGAGGCCUGCAAGUUUCUAGACGACAAAUGGUGCCCCAAGUUCCUUGUGAUUAUUGCACAGAAAAAUCAUCACACCAAAUUCUUCCAGCCAGGGUCUCCUGAUAACGUUCCACCCGGAACUGUGAUUGAUAACAAAGUUUGUCAUCCUCGGAACAAUGACUUCUACAUGUGUGCACAUGCUGGGAUGAUAGGAACAACAAGACCUACACAUUACCAUGUUUUAUACGAUGAGAUUGGGUUCACAGCUGAUGACCUCCAGGAGCUUGUGCAUUCCUUAUCUUAUGUUUACCAGCGUAGUACAACUGCCAUUUCUGUUGUUGCUCCGAUAUGCUAUGCCCACCUUGCUGCAACUCAGGUGGGGCAGUUUAUGAAAUUUGAGGACCACUCUGAAACAAGCUCUAGUCAUGGUGGCACAGGAGUUACUUCUGCAGGAGCCGUGCCUGUUCCUCAGCUCCCGAAGCUGCAGGAGAAUGUGUGCAACUCCAUGUUUUUCUGUUGAAUCUGUGUUUUUGCUGCCUUCCUCUAUGGAGGAGGGAGUUGAUCUAAACUUUAUGGUGUGGUUAAUGUUAUAUGUUUAGGAUUUCUGGUAUGUGAAUGUUUAGGAUGAUGAUGAUGAUGUUUGCUUCCUACUGUUUGUGUUGUCUUAGUAUAUUAUGUUAUUGUUUGUGUUGCAAUU